AGAUAUACUGCCCUCUAUAGUGAACAGCAAGAAUAACAUGUCUGUACAGAAACUGGUUGCAAAAAACACACCGUCUUUCGGAUUGAAAAUAAAUAACUUCUUUGAGUAAAAUCAUGCUAGUUUGCACACCGUACAUACCCAAGGAGUUACACAACAAUAACAACGAUUUUGGUAACAGUUCUUAAAUGUAAUGUUCAGCCGUGGAAUCUUCUGCCACCUGCAAAAUGCUUGGACUUCAAGAAACAAAGUCUGCUGGAAGUCCUAAAACUUACAGUUGUGUGGCAUGCUCAGCUACGUUUCAUAAUUUGUCAUCACUCCUGGUGCACCAAGCGACUCAUGCAAGUGAAAUCUCUUGCCAAACAGAAUCAACACUACCUACUUGUAUCAAUUGCGGAAGCUUAUUUGCGAGCAAAGAUCUCCUUGAAAAACACCACUGUACAAUGUCUGCCUCUCCAAACCAAAACUACAUUUGUGAAUGUGGUGAGGAGUUUAGUGGUUUUACAGCUCUUGAGGACCACAAAAAGCAACAUGGGCCAGAAAAUAAGGACAAAUCAGAUUUGAGUAGGAUUCAUGUCGUGCCAGAUAGCAAAAUAGACUCCAACCAUCCUGUUUCCAACCAAGUUUUUCACAGUCUCUCACCAUCCUAUUCCAAUGAAAAAUCUCUUGCAGAAAGUGCACCUCCUAUUUCAAAUGCUGAUAUCAAGAAGACUGAAUCCUCUGCCGACAUGGAAAGCAGCAUCUUGAAGCCUGUUGAAUCUCACUCUGUGACUGAAGUGCAAGUGCAGAUUCUUGAGAAGGGCACUAUAAAAUCCUCCACCAUGGUAGUAGAAGAGCAAGUGCAGAUCAAUGAAAUGGACACUUUAAAAUCCUCCGGCAUAGUAAGAGAAGAGCAAGUGCAGAUAUACGAUAUGGACACUUUAAAAUCCUCUGACGUGGAAGGAGAAGAGCAAAUGCAGAUCCGUGGUACGGACACUUCGAAAUCCUCCAACGUUGUUGAAGAAGAGCAGGUGCAGAUCUUUGAAAUGGACACUUUAAAAUCCUUUGACGUGGUAGGAGAAGAGAAAGUGCAGAUCCUCUAUAUGGACACGUUAAAAUCCUCCAAUGUGGUAGGAGAAGAGCAAGUGCAGAUUCUUGAGAAGGACACUUUAAAAUCCUCCGAUAUGGUAGGAGAAGACCAAGUGCAGAUCCUUGAGAAGGACACUUUAAAAUCCUCCAACUUGGUAGGAGAAGACCAAGUGCAGAUCCUUGAGAAGGACACUUUAAACCAUUCUGUGCAUGACAAUGAGAAAUCACCAGAAUCUUGUGGAGAAUCAACUGCAAUUAGUAAGAAAUCAAUCCUGAAGAUGCUAGCAUCUGCCUACAUGAGUCAUAAACAACCCGUCCAAAUGAAACAGAGGAACUUGCCCCCCAGAAAAGUUGCACCGAGAGCACCAUUGCAACCUGCGACUGCCAUGACAAUAUCAAAGCCAGAACCACUGGAGAAUCAAUCAAAGAUGAAAAAAGACACUGUGGUCAGUGUGAAAACUGGAAAGAUGUCGCCAAAGAAGGGGAAGAUUAUAUCUGUGACACAAACUCUCUGCCCCGUGGUGGUUCUCGAGACUCGUCAAAAACUUUUUGGCCGGGACAAUGUUGAAGGCAAACUUCAGUGCAGGCUCUGCCGUCGGGUUUUCCAGAACGUAGACAGUUUGAUAAUGCAUCAUGCCUUGCACAAGAAAGAGAGAGUUAAAUUUUGUCUUUGUUGCCAACAGUUUGUGAUAACUGUAAUCUCCGUCCCAGAGAACCACGUCUGCUCUGACGCAUUUUCUAGAAACUCUGAACCUUUGGGAAAGACGUCUGUGACACCGAACAGCCCUAUAGCUCAACAGAUAGAAAAAAUGUUCUACUGUUCUUUAUGCAAGCGUGGCUACACAAGGAGGCACCGCCUCAAAAUUCAUAACUGUCCUUAUAAAGCUUCUCUGAAAUCCUCGCCCACUGUUGGCAACCAAGGUCACUUCAAACUCCAAAAAAUGGAAGUAGACCGAAGCAAGUCUCAAAAACAAGACUCGAAGACAAAUCAAAUGUCAACACAGCAUAUAAAUAUUGGCGUAGGCACAGAGCCGGUAAAGAUUGAGGAACAGAAUACAGAAUUUUCAAUUGACAAGCAAAAUCAGGCUGGGUUGAAGAUGCAACUGAAGGAUCAGAUAAAUCCAGUUUUUCCAGUUAAGUCCAUUUUUGCCAGUGUUUCUAACUCCAAACCAACUGAAUCAUCUAAAAACUCUGUUGAAGUACCAGCCAACAUGGUUGAGAUGAAAGCAGAGGAAAAAGAUAAAUUGGUUGAAAAGCAGUGGACUAUGCCAUUGGAUGAUGCUGAAAUUGAUAUACUAAUAGAUGUAGAUCAGAAUGACUCUGAUGAGGAUGAUUUGAUAGACAUGGCUAAAGACGACUGUGAUGACGAUCAGGAUGUUGAAAUUGUAGAGCUACCUGACGACAAGGAAAUUAAUCCAGCAGAACAUGGUAAUGGUUUUCAGGUGCAUGUGACUAAUAAAGGCGUGAAGCGGUUUGUUUGCAAUGAUUGCCAGAGAAGCUACUCCCGCCUAUUUACGCUAAAGGAGCACUUGAAGAUUUGCGAGGCUAGAAAGUUGGAGCAAACUGUUGAGAAUGCAUCAUCUGAUUUGCCUGUGCCAGCUAAAAGGUUUCCAUGUCCUCGGUGUGGCAAGUUCAUCAGCCGCAAAGACAAUUUAAAUAAGCAUGUAAAAAAGUGCCAAGGAACAAACACUAACUCAGUAAUAAGCUCUAGAACUGUGGAGUCUAAAACCACACCUACAGCUCAGGAAAACUUAUUCGUCCUGUCUCCAUCUACAGAAAACCCAGCAGCCCAACAGGAGAGCACUCAAAAUACUAGCAGUAGCAGAAACUGGGGGAUCAUGUCACUUCCAUCUGUCCUCCCAAGGAGGGUGACGUGCGAAUGCGGAGCCUCGUUCACUUGUCCUCGACUUCUAUUCGAACAUCUGCAGGUGCAUGCGCAGGAGUCCUACAUUUGUCCACACUGUGGUGAGAACUUGCAGUCAUGGAUGGAUUUUGAAGCACAUCAGCAAUUGCACAACAAAUCUAAAAUCCCAGCAAAUGAGCAAAGAGGUUCCCAGCAACAACCUCGUUCAUUUUCCCAAACGGUGCCAUCACGUGCUCCGACUCGACCUCAGCAAUCUACAGGUUUUUCGGCGCUUAACAUAAAAGCACAACCACCCGCACUCUUGUCACCUCAACAUGUGAACCAUAGGUCAUUUCCUGAGACAUGGUCUUGCCAUAAAUGCAAAAAGAACUUCAGUCUCCGCAGUUCCUUAUUAAGACACAUACGGUUACGUUGCAAAGGCGAUACUGCAGGUCAGAAGAAACACAACUGCUCUCGUUGUGGUGCAAUGUUCCACAAUCCAGUGACCCUUAAAGUUCACAUUCAAAGCAAUACGUGUAAACCUGCAUUUAAACCGAUUCGAUGCCCGGUGUGUGUGCGUUGGUUCAGUUGUCUAGAUGGGCUCAAGAGACACCUGGUCUCGCACAGCAGGCAAGCUGGAGUGACAUGCCAGAUUUGUGACCAUAAUUGUCCAACACCUCAGGCACUCGAGGAGCAUAAAAGAAAUGUUCAUGGAGUCUUUAACAGAAUGAGGCCAGCAGAAGACACACAGGAACAGUUGUCCCAAGCAGGCACACAAAGCAGUUUAUCUACUCCUACUCCUACUCCUUUUCAAUGUCCUAUUUGCCUUCGCAGUUAUCCAAAGCUUCAAUCCCUGAAGGAUCACUUAAGGAAAGUUCAUCGGCCUAAACAGCCAAAUCUGGUUACCGUAGAACCGGUCCGUUCUGGCCAGUUUCAGUGUCAGAUAUGCUCCCGCUCCUAUUUUGACAUAAAAUCAUUGAAAAACCACAGAAGAAGAGUACAUCGUAUUGUUGGCACGGUGUUUCAGCCGUCAAAGGGAACUGAGCAAAACAGCGCUCCCAAUCAGUUUCAGUGUCACAUUUGUGCACGCAGCUAUCCAGAUGUACAGUCCCUCCGAAACCACAGAAGGAGGGUCCAUCGUAUUGUGGGUGGCCUUGAGCUGUCGAGGGGAAUGGCUCAACACAAUCUAUACAAGUGUCAGAUUUGCCAGCGCAGCUAUCCUGACAUAGUGUCCCUUAAAAAUCACACAAGAAGGGUUCACCGCAUAUUAGGGCCAGUGCCUGAAACAUCAACAACAACAACAAAUGACACAGAAGAUGAUCUAGAGCAGAAACCGAUACCUUUUCUGCAUUCUUAAAAGUUGAAUCUACUGCUUGCCUUCAUUGCUGCAUAUGCGAUCAAAAUGAAAUGUUAAAAGAGACAUUAUAAGGCAGCAGUUUGAGUACAUUUUUAAAGAGUAGUAAAAAAUAAUUUUGAGUAGUUUAAAACGUUUAAAAAAAAAAAGUUUGAUAUCUGAUUAGUAGUGUAACAUUUUUUGUCUUGUCAAUAUCAUAUUCAGCUUCCUCUGUAUUUCAUUGGUUUCCUUAAUUCAUCUAUUGAAUACAGCUUUUUUUUUCAGUACAGAGAUUUUUGGUGAAUGCACUGUAUAAAUUGUAAAAUAUAAUAGUUUGCAGCCUUUUUUAAUGUAGCCAUUGUGUAUUGUUAGUGUACUGUAUAUAAUACAUUCUGAUGUAAACAUGUUCUACGUUGCAUCAAUAAACACAAUAGUGACACCUUUCAAAGUCUAAUAAAUUAAUAACAGAUGUGACACGUUCAUUUAAGAUCAAAACUUUGAAUGUUAUACUGUGCUAAAUGGUGCUGCUAGCAAUAGUACAAAUUUAUGGACUAAUGAUGAAGUUUGAAAGAUAUGGUGAAUUGAUUGAGUGGUAAAACUGGUGGAGGACUGAACAAGUUAAAAUACAUUACAAAAUACAUACAAUACAAAGUCAAUGUGUUAAAUUUGCAUAAAAAAUGAAGUAUCAUGAGGGACACACAAAUGCCACAAUUGUAUCUCAACUGUCAUAUGUGGACAUACAAAAAAAAAAAAAAAUCUCAAUUCAGCUAGCUUGUAGCAGUUCUGUAAUUGUGUAAAGAUAAUUUUGGUAACAAUUUACAAUAAGGUUCUGUAUGCAAAUAUUAAUUCAAUAGCAAACAAUGAACAAUAUUUUUACAUUUUGCAUUUAGUAGUCUAGUAUAAUAUUCAUUUUAUACAUACUAUUACAUUUUACACAAUAAAAUUAAUAUCAGUUCAUAAUCUGUAUUAUGAACAAAUGUGAAUUAAAAAUGAGUAGUAGCCAAUAGUAGGCUACAUUUAUAAUUCAACAUUAACCAUGAUAAAUAAAAUGUUUUUAUAUACAGUCAAACCAAAAUUUAUUCAGACACCUUGAACAUUUCAUUCAUUAAUGCAGUUUAUUCUCUAUAGUUGAAAAGAAAUGGUAAUAAAAUAUGACAAGAUCUCAGAGUUAAACUGUGUCAG